AUGUCCGCCGAAAGCCUCCCAAUAACUCCCGUUGCCUUUGCGGAAGCAAUUAAAGAGCUCACCCUACCGGUUCUCUAUGCCAAAGUCGCCGAGCUCCAAAACUCCAUCGCACACCUCCGACGCUCAAACCAAGAACUGCGACAUUUCAUCUCAGAGUCAUGCGAGAGCCAAGCCGACAGAGAAGAGCUGGAGGGCUACAUAGCGGAAAAUGAUGGGGUGGAAAAGUCGAUGAUUGAGCGUAUUGAGCUGUGCAAGGCAGAAGUUGAGAGGAGGGGUCAGACAUGGAUUGAACUGGGUGCAGACGCGAAUGGCACUACAAGCACGGAGGGAGAAGGGGAGCAAGGGCAAGGGCAGCCUGCCAGGGAGGAUUCUACAGCGAGUGCUUCCAUGAACGGUACGAGUUCCAACACGGAGGCUCACCCGGCCGAGAGGUUAAGAGAUCGGGACAAUGAUGGUGAAGAUGAUGGGUUGUACCUCUGA